CCGGCGCGGAAUGCCUCGCGGUAUUGUGUAGCUGGAGCUUCUACAUAUAAUACACACCUUGAUUUCAUUCACAACGACUGUAAUUCAUCGCAGCGCGACGGCUCGGACGCCGCCAGCACUGAUAUUAGCAGUGAUAACAAUUAAAAAGAAACCAUGCAGCCGGACGCCGCCCCCUCCCGCUCACCACUGGCAAAGGCCACCGCCGCACGCCACCAGCGCGACUGGUCCCAGAAGAAGCCGCAAGCACCGCGCAACAUGUCGCCGAUGGCGGCGCGCGUCGUCGGCCUCGACACGCGGUCGCCGCGUAGCAGCUCCGUCUCACCAAAACCAACGAGACUGGUCUCGAGCCGCCAGCGCUGGGCCCACUCCGUCUGCUCCAAGAGUGAAUUAGAGGCGGCAUUGCAGGACGAUAGCAUAACGGCCAUCGAGACGGACUUGAUCUGGAGCACGACCCAAUCCGCAGUAGUUCAUGCCCAUCCCCCUCAAACUGAAUCGGAUCUACCCUUCGACGCCUUCAUGGACGCCGUCACGACGUCUCCACAAAGAAAACAUAUAAAACUGGACUUCAAGAGUCAAGAUGUUGUUCAGCCUGUCGUUUGGGGACUCGAGAAAUACUACGCCCGCGCGUUGCAAGCUAGAGGCCAGCACGUCUGGCUCAACGCCGACGUCUUAAUCGGCCCCGGUUCCUCUUCCUGUAAUUUUGAUGCGGAUGCGUUCGUGCAAAGUUGUAUGAGACAUCGGGCGUUCUCUUCCCUGUCGCUGGGCUGGACCGUGGACGUCGGCUUGGGCCACAGCUAUUCCGUGGACCACGUCGCGGCGUUACGUUCACUCUUGCAGCGGCACAAGCUUUUAGGUGAUCCGCGUCUAGCUAUCUCGGCGAACCUACGAAUGGCGCUGCGUAACUCAGAGCCGUUGCGACGGUUGCUGGACGAAUGUAGGGGAGAGUUAUUGCUGUGGACGGGCGUCGGCGAGCCGCCCGUUUCGGAGCAGCUCGUGGAAAGGGCGCGGCGCGUCUUCCCGGCGGAUCGCUUGGCGCUCGACGUUUCUUCUACGACGGCCGGCGACGCUAUGGCGCAGGAGGUUGCUUUGUCAAUCUACCGCGCCUGGCGCCGCGCCGGCGAUUUGGUAAAGCGGACGACUUCUACGACUUCUACGCCUGACGCGGACGCGGACGACGACUUCUACGACCGCGCGCGGCGGCGGCCGACGUGCUGCCGGUAA